AUGACUGAUCGUCAUCAUCAUCAAUAUAAUAAUAAUAAUAAUAAUAAUAAUAAUAAUAAUAAUAAUGAAAAACAUUCAGUUAUAGAUGGUAAUUGUACAAAAGAGGAUUGUAUAGCAUUUAGUAAUAUAAAAGUAAAUCGUACAUCUAAUACAAGUAUUUUUAUUGAUAAUGAACAUAAUAAAACUAGUCAAAAUUCAUUUCAUUUAUGGAAUUCACAUAAAUAUAAACAUGUAGACAAUUGGAGACCACGUAAUAAAUGGGAAUUUUGUUUUAUAUUUGCAGUGAUAAUUGUUGUAAUUUUAUUGAUUAUAUUUAUUAGUUUAUGGGGAGCUCAAUUAAUUGUUAAUCAAUAUAACCCUUGUUUAGAACCUACAUGUAUCAAAGUUGCUUCAGAAAUUCUUAGCAAUAUGGAUACAAGUGUAUCACCUUGUGAUGAUUUCUUUGCAUAUUCCUGCAAUGGGUGGAUAAAGCAGAAUUAUAUACCACAAGGUCAUAAUUCUUGGUCUGUAAUGCGUAAACUAUCCAAAUAUGACGAACAUUUUACCAAAGAACUACUUGAAAAUCGUUCGCAUACAGACAAUAGUCGUGGUUUCACUUUGGCACAAAUAUACUAUAAUUCAUGUAUGAAUGAAUCUCUUAUUGAAAGUCGAAGAUUGACACCUCUUUAUGAUUAUAUUAAAAAAAUAUUUAAUGGUUGGUUAUUACUGCCGUCUGGGAAUCCAGCAGCCGGGGAAACAAAUGCUGAUCGUUUUCGUCCUGGCACAUUUGAUUUAACAGAUAUGUAUUUACCUCUGUUGAAGUAUUUAGGUGCAACACCGUUAUGCCGUAUUUUAGUUGGACAAGAUCAGAUGAACUCCUCUCGAUUUGUAAUAGAUCUUACAGAAGGAUAUCUUAGUUUACAAAGAGAAUAUUAUGUGAACGAUUCGUAUCCAGCUUAUUCAAAAAAAACUGAAGCAUUUCGUCGAUUUAUGCGGAAUUAUUCCCUCUUGUUGGGAGUGCCAAAGUCGUCGUUACAUGAAGUAGAUAAAAUUUAUGAAUUCGAAAAACAGAUUGCAUUGAGAACUGAAGACCGUAGUGAAAGAGACCCGGAGAAAAACUACGAACUUAUCACUUUACAAAAUUUGUCUUCUAUUUGUCCUGUGCUUAAUUGGACGAAAUUAUUUGACUAUAUAUAUGCACCACUAAACUUCAAGCUUUCUCAAGAUCAAGUGAUUGCAUUACAUGAUCGUACAUUCUUCAGAGAACGAUGUGCUUUAUAUGAAGAAUAUUUGAAAACAGCGGACGGUAUUCGAACUUUACACAAUACUGCUGUAUGGAAUUUUAUGUGGAGAACAGUCCCACGUAUGCCAAAAGAAGUUAAUGAAAUGUUGGAAGAAUACAGAGAAGCAGAACUAGGAUUGAAAGUUGAUCCAGAUCGCUGGCAGAUAUGCGUUAACGAAGUACAAGUUCCAUUCGGAAUGGUAAUUGGUAGACAUUUUGUCCACGAAAGAUUUAAUCAGAAAAGUAAGGAAGCGGCUACAGAAAUGAUAACUGAAAUUAAGACAGCAUUUAAAGAGAAUUUCGCUAGUGUCGAAUGGAUGCAAGAAGCGGAUAAACUUAAAGCAAUUGAAAAGGUAGAUUCAAUGAAAGCAUCAGUUGGUUAUCCACAAAAUAUUGAUAAUAUAACAGAAGAAAAUAAGGCGUUUUCAUAUUUUGUUGAUUUGAAUGAAUCAACUUAUUUUGAAAAUGCAUUAUAUUGUUCUGAAGCAUUAUUUCUUGAUAUUCUACGAGAACUGAUAAUUCAGGAUCCAGAUAGAUGGUCUUUACCAGUUCAUAUUGUAAAUGCAUUUUAUAAAGAAAAUUCAAAUCACAUCUUUUUUCCUGCUGGUAUACUUCAAAGUCCAUUAUAUCAUCAUGAACAACCGUUAUCAUUAAAUUUUGGUGGAAUUGGUAUGGUUGUUGGACAUGAAAUAACUCAUGCUUUUGAUCAACAUGGUGCUAAAUUCGAUGCUAAAGGAAAUAUGCGAGACUGGUGGAGUGCAGAAACAUUGUCAGCUUUCGAAAAAAAUUCACAAUGUAUGAUUGAUCAGUAUAGUAAUUAUUCAAUUCUUAAUACAAGUCUUAAUGGAAAAAUGACAUUAGGUGAAAACAUCGCUGAUAACGGAGGUCUUAAAGCAGCCUAUAAAGCAUUUAAAAAGUUGGAAGCCAAAUAUUCCGACAAACCUAUAUUGCCUGGUUUAAAAUUCACUCCAGAUCAGUUAUUUUUCAUUGGAUUUGCCCAGUUAUGGUGCAUUAAAAGCCUCCCUCAAUCAAUUCUUAAUACUGUGCUUUUUGAUGUUCAUACAGUGGAGCAGUACAGAGUAAUUGGUACUAUAACAAAUUCAAAUGAAUUUGCUAAAGUUUUCAAUUGUCCUGCAGGAUCACCAAUGAAUCCUGUAAAGAAAUGUCAUGUUUGGUAAAUAUUAUUACAUAUUAUAAUUUUAAACAAAACGUCAUGUUUCUUUCUUAUUAUUUCAUCUCAUUCCCAUUUUGGAUCAUUUGGGCAAUUUCACAUAAACAAUUCUUCAUCAGUAUUAUCACUAUCGUCUUUGUUGUUGAAAUGAUCUUUAUUGUUAUCAUUAUUAUUAUUCUUAUUAUUAUUAUUCGUACAAAUUUUUAUGCAAAUAAAUGAAACGUGAUUAAGCUCAAUUCCAAUACUUGAUAAUUAAUGUCUUUUAAUGAUGUCAAUAUAUUCCUAAAUAGAUGAAUGUGCUUGUGCAUGUUUGUUUAAUGUUUUUAUUAAGGGAAAAUAUAAACUUUCAAUCUAAAUGUAUUCAUAUGAUGAUAUACUCUUAUAUGUGUAAAUGUUAAUUUGCUUAUUUGUAUGGAAUAUAUACAUAUAUCUGUAUGUGUAUGUGUAAAUUCAUUUACAUUCAUACAUGAUGAUCUUUAUCAAUCAACAAUUCCUAUCAAAUUAAUGAACAUUGAAUUUGUGAUCUUACAUAAUCGUUUGUAAUUUUCAAGAUUUUUCAUUAUGGUCUAUAAUCAGAUUAGUAGUGGAUAUAAUUUUUAUUCCUUUUUUUUCUUUCUUUCUUUCUUUUUUUCGUUAGUUCUUGUUUCAGCCUUUUUUUUCUUCUAAUUAUAUGAUGAAACUAAACUAAAAUCAUAAUCAUUCGCUUCAAUUAUAUUUCUUUUGUGCUUUUUUUUUGUAUUCUUCUGUGAAUAUUUUGUGCCUGACCUUGGAAUGAAUAAAGAGGGGGAACAAAAGAGAAAAACAUAGUAAAACGAUCUAUUUUAGUAAAGUUCUUAUCAUUUACACAUUAAGAAAAUCUAAUAUUUGUAUUACAGUAUAUUCAACAUGUUUGUUUUAUUUUUUUGUUUUUAAUUUAUUUUAUUGUCCAAGCAUAAAAUGUGUUUUUUUUUUGUUAAAAAGGAAUAAUGCAAUGGCAUAUAUAUGUGGUCCAAUUUUCUUUUCAAUGAUGAAUAAUGUAUUUAAUAAUU